CUCAUCAGAUUGCUCUGUAACGCAAAGCGCAGAAGAAUGUCGACUCCGGUGACGGAGGCAGUUUUGCUGUCGGGGAUAUUUCUGUUGCUUUCAGGUUCGUGUAUUGUCGUUCUUAAUUUUGAUUUGAUGGGGCGAUGGGUUCCAAUUGUGGGGUUGCUAGUGGUUGCCGGAGUGGCGGUGGUGGCCGCGAGAGCCACCAUGGUGGCGUGGAUCACGGUGUUGGUGCUGUUGGCGUUCGCAGGAAACCGACGGCGGGUUUUGGUGAAACAGGGGAGACAGAUCACCGCUGAUGUAGCCAUGUACUUGGGCGCCGUGUUGGUUAAAGAAAGAGGGCUUGUUGCUGUUGCUUUCGCCGCCGUCCUCAGCUUCGUCGCCGUGGUUCGGUCGAUGGAGAUCGAUUCACUCUCUGUUUCUGUUUAAUCUCAACAAUCAUGGAAGAAAAAGAAUGGUUUUUGAUUUUGUCCGGAGAGAGAAAUUGGGGGAAUUUUACUUUAUUUGAUAGUGGUGGUAGAUUGAGCCAUAUAGUCACUUUGUAGCAGCCUUCAGAAAAUGCUAGUCUAAGAUUUGAUUGUACA